AGUUUGUUACCGAACUCCUCCGAAACGGUCGACCGAUUUUGAUGAAAUUGUGCGCAAAAACUUGGCGGUUUUCCAAACUUUCACACUCUCCUCACCAGAGAUCCCCAUUAGAAAGCUUGCCACUGCAGAAUGGAGCACUUCGACAACACCAGUGAGGAUCCGUUGAUUAGGAAAAGAUUCGCUGAUAGUAUUUUAGAUAUCCUGCGACCUCUGACCGAGGCGGAGUUGCCGAUACUGCACCAUGGAGAUAACGCUUCCGAGUACAGCGUGCUAUCCGAUCCGUUCUCCGAUUUGGAUGAAUCGUACAUUUUGCUGGAUCAACGCAAGAAGACACCAGGAGGCCACGAGGGAGAUGAAAUGUUGUUGAAUCAAUUCACUCCGGAAUUCCGGAAAGUUUACGACGAGCUGAUGGCUGCCAAAAGAGAGGGAGAAGAAAGCGACAUAGAGGAGCAUUUUCUGGUAGGUGAAGGGUCCUGCGAGUCAAGUCCAGAAGAAGCGCUUCUGCUCAGCGAGCCUGGAGAAUUUAGUCCCAACUUCAAGGGAUUCAUUGAAGGUAUGCUGAAAAAGUGUGAAUUAAAAUAUCACCUGGAGGAGAAAAAGAAAAAGGAAGCCCAGACAAAGAAAGAUCGCCGCGUCCGCCGGGCUACUUCAGAUGAGUCCUCGGGUCCACCCGAUAAUGAUUCGCUGUCCGGAAUGUGGCGAAUGCUAGAUGCCGUUUCGGUUGAAAAUGGAUUUCCUAUUUCGAACAAUUUUUACAACCUGUACGAGGAUCGUCGCUUUGAUUGGCUCAUCCGGGAUGAGGUGCCCUGGGAUCAGAUCGAGACCUCCAAGAGAAAAUGCGAGCAAUGGCUCAAAAUGAGUCAUUCCAAACCAUAGCGCGAGAAUUGAUUUAUACCGAAGCAUUUCAUGAAAUAUUUCAUUCGUUUUUAUUUGAGAUUGCAUGCGAUAAUAAAUUUACUUGCGUACAAUU